CCAACCCCGCAGCACAGCUCUUGACACUUACGAUACCCUUGUUACAAUAUUCCCAACCAGUCCAAGUUGCCGCAUCAUCAGAACUAAGCCCUAUCAAACCAGCGGAGAUCAAAAUGACCGAGCGCAAAAUUCCACCGCCUGACGACAAAGGUUCCCAGGAGGCAUCACCAAAAGAUGAGACAACACCAAACGAUGAGACAACGAAAGACUCCGGAACCCCCGCGAAAGAAGUCCCCACGGACCCCAACACGCAAUCGACCACCGAGUCCCAAGAUGGUCAACCUCAGCCGAACGAUGACUUGCUUGAAAAGAUAAAAUGGGCUAAAGAAUGGAUCAAAAACAACCCCAAAGCCGCCGCAGCUCUCGGUCUCACAGCCGGCGGACUAACUGUGGUCGCUGCCCCGGCACUGCUCACCGGGCCAGUGUUGAGUUUCAUGGGUUUUGGUUCCGGUGGCAUCGCAGGAGGAUCUUUCGCGGCUGCAAUCCAAGGCAUGAUAGGUAACGUUGUGGCUGGUAGCUGGUUUGCUACCGCUACAAGCGCGGCGAUGGGUGGGUAUGGGGUCCCUGUUGUUGCGGCUGUUGGGCAAGGGGUUGGGGCUGCCGCAGCGGUUGCGGGCGGCGCGUAUGCUACUAAGGAGCUGAGCAAGGAGCAGGCGGAUAAGGAGGGGGAAGGCGAGGGUAAAGAUGAAGGGGGUGAGGAUCCGAAAGAGCCAGUAAAUGAUGGUGAUGGUGAUGAUGGAGCAGGGGCGGAAGAGGAGAAGGCCUCCCGUUGGAGACGGAGUGGGAUGGGCCGAAGGGAUUUCGACGAUGAGUCUACUUUGUUGGAUGACUCGGACUCCGAGACCUCUGACAAGGACUGGCUAAAGGGAAGUCUGUGACUGCCCUACGUGUUGCGGAUUUCUUUCGAAUUGUUGGUUGGGUUCGUAAC